AUGGUAUCGGAGCAGAAAACAGGGCUGGAGGAAGGAGGUUGCCUGCUGGGAGUUAACCCAGGUGUCACAGGCCCUUGCCAACUCAUUAAUUCCCAUGGUGUCUUCCAGACCCAGAGGCUGUUGGGCCCUAAGAGGCCCCACCGGUCCUUCUUUGAGUCCUUCAUCCGGACACUCAUCAUCGUGUGCACUGCCCUGGCUGUGGUCCUCUCUUCAGUCUCCAUCUGCGAUGGCCACUGGCUCCUGGUAGAGGACCGUCUCUUUGGGCUGUGGUACUUCUGUACCAUCAGCAACCACAGUGAACCUCACUGCAUGAGAGACCUGAGCCAGGCUCACAUGCCGGGGCUGGCUGUGGGCAUGGGCCUAGCACGCAGUGUGGCGGCCUUGGCUGUGGUGGCUGCCAUCUUUGGCUUGGAGCUGCUCAUGGUGUCCCAGGUGUGUGAGGAUGUCCGCUCACGACGCAAGUGGGCCAUCGGUUCUUACCUCCUGCUGGUCGCCUUCAUCCUCUCUUCUGGGGGGCUCCUCACCUUCAUUAUCCUCCUCAAGAGUCAGAUCACCCUCAUGGGAUUCACCCUGAUGUUUUGGUGCGAGUUUACCGCAUCCUUCCUCUUCUUCCUCAAUGCCACCAGCGGCCUUCACAUUAACAGCCUCACUCAGCCCUGGAACCAGCUAAGAAAAGUCUAA